UCGUCUCGGGUUGUUCACCAGGGCCGGUGGUGUCAGGACGUUGUCUCUCGCGUUUUCAAAAUGCCUAGCUCUUGCAAUGACAUUCGAGAUGCCCUGGCGCAAUGUCUCCAGGAAUCCGACUGUAUCAUGGUCCAGCGCCACACCCCGCGUGAAUGUCUGAGCUCUCCGCACGCCGAGGAACUGCCCAUGAAAUGUCAGCAAUUGCGGAAAGGUUUCAGCGAGUGCAAACGCGGUUUGAUCGAUAUGCGCAAACGAUUCCGUGGCAACCAACCCCUCUCUUUAUCCAAAGAGCUCGACGGCGGCAAACCCAAGAAGUCUGAGCAACUUUACGCCGGAAAGCCAGCAUUCGAGAGUGUCAAGGAGAUUAGUGGCGACGAAGUCCAGAUGGACCCCGAAAAGACACGCGGGCUGUGAGCGAGAAAGAUUCAUGACAUUGGAUAUACAAGCAAUUUGCAACAUUUUUUGAGGCGCCAUGUUAUUUCAAGUUUGAUGAUAUUAUCCUCUCCCUUGGCAUGAACUGGAGUUGUGUUUGGGAAGAUUGAUGUCGAAUAGAAUCUGGUGUACGAUACUGAGCUAUAUAGGACUGUACAUAGUAAACAAAUUUUAAAGGAACAUGUCUAUUUAUAUUCAUCCGCUUGAUCAAGCUGCGGAUUUAUGGCUUCCUACAGGCCAAUGCAUCUACGCCUAUAGAAAACACAAAUACCAGCUUGCGCUAUUUUGCACAAGA